ACUCAGGCACCCAGCGGGAGCAAGAUCCCACCGUCUGUCCCUCCUAGGCAUGCGGUGCCGGUUGCGGAUGCUCUUGCUCCCUUUCUCCUUGGUGCUGGUAUCUUUGGGCGGCAGCAUCGGACGCUCAGGGGCAGGCGAACUAGAGUGUAACAGGACACGGCAAGUGGCUUGUGGUGAGAAGUGCAUUCCUGUGACCUGGCUCUGCAAUGGGGAACAAGAAUGCCCAGAUGGGACCGAUGAGCAGUGUGAGCAAACAUGUCUCGGACACCUACAGGCCUGGCAGUGUGAUGGUGGGAAGUGCAUUCCUGCCAGCUGGCUUUGCGACGGUGCCAGUGACUGCCCAGAUGGCUCCGAUGAGGUUUACUGCGAGAGCUUGACGGCGGCAUGUCCAGACUACAAAAUCCAGUCUCCAGGAUCGGCUCCGUGUCUGGAUGCUGGGGAACCUGGCAAUGCCCAUCAGAACUGUGAAGAAGGGUCCAUAAAUGCACACUGUCCUCACACCCGUUGCUUGGUUGGGCAGUGGCAAUGCCAAAACAGGGCAUGUAUCAUGGACAGCUGGAGGUGUGAUGGCAUCGACCACUGUGGUGAUGCCUCGGAUGAGCAGGACUGCGCCUCCUGUCCAGAAGGCACUGUGAGCUGCGAUGGUGGGAAAUGCAUCCCAGAGUCCCUGGUGUGUGAUGGGAGAGCUGACUGUACAGAUGGUGCUGAUGAACCCAGGACGUGUGGUAAAAACUGCUCCCUGAUGAACGGGGGCUGUGAGGGCCCAUGCAGUGAUACCCACUGGGGUGUUCGAUGUUCCUGCACACCAGGGUGGCAGUUACAGCCUGAGGGAUGGAGCUGUGGGGAUGAAGAUGAGUGCUCUCUGGCAUAUGGUCCUUGUGGCCAACUAUGUCAUAACACACCAGGCUCUUAUACCUGUGGCUGUAUUCAAGGUUACCAGCUCUACAAUGGCACAGACUGUCGAGUUACAGAUGAUGAUGUUAAGAUUCUUAUAGCAACAGAUAAAGAGCUUAGAAUCCUGGACCGAAGAACAGGGAUCCAUGAGAUGCUGAUCCCUGUAAAGUCAAGGCCCAGCUCUGUUGCUUAUGACCUGAACAGAAACAUGUACUUCUGGGUGGAUAGAGUCCUAAAUGUGUUUGUCUUUGGGAGACCAAACUCUGUUCCCCUCUACCCAGAACUUCCACCUGUGAGCAGCAUUUCUCUGGACUGGGUCACAGGACUGUUGUACUGGGCCAGCAGCUCUGCCAGAGUCAUCUGUGCUGGAUUAAGUGACGGCAGAGGCUAUGUCAAAAUCUUGGAAAAGGAUCUUGUGCCCGAGGAGCUAGUGGUGUUUCCUGAAAAGAGGUAUCUGUAUUGGGUAGAUCGAGGUGAGAAUGGGCUAAAGACUAUUGAAACUGCAGGAAUGGAUGGCUCGGACAGGAAGAUGCUGGCAGUCGUGACCACAGAGGAGCCCCUAGGACUAACACUUGAUCAUGUGACUGGCAGGCUCUACUGGAUCAGUGGCUAUAAAGAGUCCAUAGAGACAGUGAACGUGGAUGGCAGUGGGAGGUACACCUUUCCUCGGGUGUUUUUUGAAGACGAAGACCCCGUUGGCUUGGCUGUAUUUGAAAAUGCUUUCUUCUGGGCAAAUCAAACUCAACUGAUCCGUACCUCACCCAGCAGCCUGAAGGAGAGAGAGGUGCUGCUCCAUGCCUCCAUCUCUGCUUUCUCAGUCCUCCACAAGACCCAGCAACCCAAAAGCAGACAUUCAGCCUGUGUUCCAGGGUCCUGCAGCCACCUAUGUCUCCUGUCCCCCAUCCAUCCCAAGGGGUACAAGUGUGUCUGUCCAGAGGGACUCUUUCUUUUACCUUCUGGUACAUGCAGUGAGUUAAAAGUUGUAUUCUCUUCUGGCAAACGUCUAUACUUGCUGAAAGUCAGCGCUAUGGGAAGCGCUAUAGAGAGAACUCUAGUCGAAGAGCAUGCUGGGAACCUGUACUUACUGGACAUUGAUUGGAAAAGGAACUUCAUCUAUUGGUCAAAUGCCCGGGGACAUCUUGUCUAUUCAGCUGGAUAUUCAGGAGAAAAGCAAGAGAUUUGGACCCAGCAAACAGUCUGUUCAGCAAACGUGGACAUAUCUACCGGGAACCUAUUCUGGGUACCCUGUAACCGAGGUACUAUUCAGAAGAUCAGAAUGCCUGGCACUGAGUCAUACACUCUCUACAGCACUCGAAACAUUAUACUGCAGCUGCUCCUUGAUUGGCCAAGAAGGGUGCUGUACUGGGUGGAGAGUGGGAGGCCCCUACAAAGCAUGACCCUCGAUGGCAAAAGCAGACAGGAAGUUUGGAGAGGCACCUGGGCAGCAGACACUCGGAUGGCUUUGGACCUCGGGUCUGCUAGCAUCCUCUGGACCACCAAAGGGCUUGGGUUGCACAGUCUUAGUCUACUAAAAAACCGAACAUGCUUGUUGAACACAUCCUGGAGCGAUGUGGUUAUGGUGGCCCAUGCGCCUUACCUGGUGACCGCAGACAAGGCAGCCCUUGUCCUGUGGAACAGGAAGACACUGGAGCCCUUCUCCAUGCUGAAGGAGCCACACAUAAGGAAAAUGAUCAUCUUGGCGGAGAACCAGGAAGUGCCAGAUCCUGGGAUUAAAGAACCAGUGCCCACUGCCCCUUCCCUUCCUCCUGUUCUCUGUGCCCGGUCCUCUGUCCCCUGCCAGGAUGGAAAGGGAUGCAUUCCCAGGGAAUCUCUCUGCAAUGGUGAGGAUGACUGUCAGGAUGGCUCCGAUGAAAAAAACUGCUUCCAGGUCUGCCAUCAACCAGGGGUUUUCCAGUGUCUGGAUGGAAGCAGGUGCAUAGAGGAGAGGUAUCACUGUGACGGGGCUCGACAUUGCUCCGAUGGCUCUGAUGAGCUGGGCUGCUGGAGGCCCCCUGAUGACUGCUCACUGCGCUGUGACAACAAGACCCGCUGUAUCCCUAAGAGUUGGAGAUGUGAUGGGAAGCCAGACUGUUUGGACAGAAGAGAUGAACAAGGAUGCUUUCGUGAAAAAUGCAGCUCCUCUGAAUUUCAAUGUGAGAAUGGCCAAUGCAUAUCUUCUUCUCUGCAUUGUGAUGGGAGCCGAGACUGCCUGGACCACUCAGAUGAGGAAGGUUGCCCUGUCGCCUGGUCCCUACAGUGUCCAGAAGGAGAGAUAAAGUGCCCGGAGAGUGGAGAGUGUGUGUUGGCAGAGUGGAUAUGUGACCAUGAUAUGGACUGCAAAGAUGGAACCGACGAGAAGGACUGUGGCCUCAAGCUGAUCUCAUGUGGCCCAAGGCAGUGGGCUUGUGGCAGUGGAGACCAGUGUGUGCCUGACUUCUGGCACUGUGAUGGACAGAGUGACUGCAGAGAUGGCAGUGACGAGGCUGGAUGUGUUCCGCAGAAGUGCCAGGAUUCCGAGUUCCAGUGUGCCACCGGUGCCUGCCUCAGCUUCAGCAUGGUGUGUGAUGGGCGAGAGGACUGUGCAGAUGGUUCAGAUGAGGGUGGGGAGUGUUCCUCAUCAGUGUGCAGCCCGGGGCUAUGUUACCACUCUUGCUACCAGUCCCCAACUGGGCCGGUAUGUGUUUGUGCCCCAGGCUUUGAGCUGGAGAGAGGUGGUCAAAUCUGUCAGGAUGUAAAUGAGUGCCAGCAGCCAUCUGGUCAACCUUGCAGUCAGACCUGUAUCAAUACUGAGGGCUCAUACAUCUGUGCCUGUCACCCUGGCUACUUGCUGGGCCCUGAUGGACACACUUGUAAAGCAACAGGUGCUGAGCCAAUCCUGCUUGUUUCGAUUGAGUUUAACCUAUUUCUUUCUGGACUGAGAAGUUUAAAAGAAGAUAUCCUGACAACUGCAGACAAGAACCUGGUUAUUUACUCUGUGGACUAUGACUUAGUGGAUCAGAAAAUCUUUUGGGCAGAUCCCAAUGCAGAAAGUAUAAGGUGGACCAGUAUGGCCACGAAGAAGGACGGGAUGGUGGUGCGAGGGAUAAAGCCAGACUGUAUAGGGGUUGACUGGAUUGGAAGAAAUCUCUACUGGACUGAUGGGAAGGCUGGCCAGAUUUUGGCAAUUCAGUUAACUGCUGUUGGGAGAGGAAAAUCUGAAUACACAGUUGUCUUGGAUGAUGACCUGAUUCAGCCCCAAUCUUUGGCUUUGGAUCCCUUAAAUGGAUUGAUGUACUGGUCUGAAAUUGGAGAGGAACCUCGAAUAGAACAAGCUGGCAUGGACGGUAGCAGCAGAAAGAUACUUGUCAAUCAAGGCCUCGGCCAGCCAACUAGCAUAGCUCUUGACCAGUUAAGUUGGAAGAUAUUCUGGUCCGAUGAGAAAUUUCACUGCAUUGGCUCUGUCAACCUAGAUGGUAGUGGUAUUAGUAUGAUGCAGCUAACACAGAUCAAGAGCCCCUUUUCGGUCGCUGUGUUCGAAGAUAAAGUCUUCUGGUCUGACCUUCAGACAAGAACAAUACAGCAUGUAGAGAAGAUGACAGGCAAGGACAGGGCUGUCCUCAUCAAGCGUUCUGGACAGCCCUUUGGACUCAAGAUAAUGCAUGAAGUCCUCCAGCCCAGGUCUUCUAGUCCUUGUCUGGACAUAGGAUGUUCUCACUUGUGCCUUCUGAGCCCACGAGCCAAGGGAAGUUGCCGCUGCCCGAUUGGCCUCCUGCUGGCAGAUGAUGGAAUCACCUGUGUCUCCCUCCAAGAGUCUGGGUUUGUGUUCCUGGUAUUGCCCACCAUUCUCACCCAGAUCUAUCUGAAAAAUCUUAAGACUACGCCACAACAAACAACUGUGCCAGAACACAGGACACUUCCCUUUACCAGUGUCAAACAACUGGCAUCAGUGGAUUAUCUUGUCCAGGAAAAGGCCCUCUAUCUGUCAGAGCUCAACACCAGUGACAUCAGGCUACUGAAGCUAAAAGAACCAGGGAUACUCUCGUGGCGGAGGGUCAUAUCUGUGAAGGGGACGGUGAUUGACUUUGCCUUGGACUGGAUGAGUGGAAACAUAUACUGGAUUGACACUGAAAAUCCCUAUAUCAAUGUUGCUUUCUCAAAUGGCCAGUAUCCCAUUGUUUUGCUCAGUGAAAACCUCUACCGCCCAACAUCUAUUGUCCUCCACCCACCUACUGCAGCCAUGUGCUUGGCAGACCUGGGUUCACAGGAUGAUGGGAGACACGGCUGCAGCAUUGAGUGCGCCUCCAUGGAUGGCAGCCAGAGAAAAGUGCUAUGGCUGAAAUCCCAGGUGCCUGUGGGCCUGGCCUUUUCGGAUUCGGGGAAUCGAGUAUACUGGGCUGAUACUGGGCAGGGACUUAUACAAAGUAUUCAACUAGAUGGCUCAAGAUACAGAGUGGACUACCAAGGACUUAAGGGUCUUCACCUCUUUGCAUGUGGUCAAGACAUGAUGUUGUGGACAACGGUUGAUGAUGCCCAGAUCACCAGAGUUUGGUAUAACAAAGCACAAGUCUCAGAAAACCAGUGGUUCCAAGUGGACCAGAAGAUUGUAGACUUAAAAGUGUAUAGUGUCCUUAGUCAACAGGGUAACAACAGCUGCUCAAAAGACAACGGAGGAUGCAGUCAUAUCUGUUUACCAAACCCCGAGGGCAAGACUUGCCGGUGUCCCCAUGGGUACUGCUUGGUUGAUGGCCAUACCUGUGUGGAAGCUGUCCAGUGCUCUCCAACGUCACAAUGCUGUAAGGAUGGUCAGAGGUGCAUUUCCAAGGAGCAGAUUUGCGAUGGUCACAUCGACUGUUUGGAUGGUUCUGAUGAAGUGGACUGUUUAAAUCCAGGUAAAAUCCAUUCAACAUCAACACUUAAGAAGCCAGAAGCACAGAAAAGGUUGAUACCAGAAGCUUUUGAACUUUUCCAGGGUGCUGAGUCUAACACAGAUGUAUAUCUAGGACAAGAAGAAAGGAGGCAUCCUGUCAGAAAAACACUAACCAGUCAAAUGACUUCAUCAGGGAGCAAGGUCCCAGAAACCAAGGGAAGGGCGGAAACUGUUCAGUCCAGGGAUUUACAGAUGGUAACACAGACACCCUGUAGCCAAGACUUUUGCAACGGGAGAGGGGUCUGCGUAAUGGAAGGAAAGCUAAGAAAAUGCCGCUGCCUGAUGGGAUAUGGCGGAGAGUUCUGUCAAGAAGCAGGCCGUGGCCCUGUCACUGCCUACAUAGCCCUGGGCGGACUCGUUGCUUUAUCAGCUGCUCUGGCAGUUUUGGGGCUGUUUCUACAUUCCAGAAGAGAACGUAAAUUCAAGAGAACAUCAUCAAGAAAUUUGGACUAUGAUAAAGGAAAUAACCAAGAAGAAGAAAAUCUAAUGAAGAGUGAGACUUUUGUCAAUGGAGUCUAUGAUGACCAGGAAUCCGUAACCUCCUUACAAACUGAAUGACCUCAUUAAAAAAAAAAAGAGCUAAAACAUUUAAAUAAAUGCUGCUUG